GUCAGUGGGGCUACGGGCGAGGAUCAGCUCUUUGCCGGCGGGGAGAAGCGAGCGUGGCCGGGUGACCCUUGCCGCCCCAGAUGGAGGACGGAGGCUCCGCGGCCUUUGAAGAGAACCAGAGGUCCCUAUGCGGGAGCUCCUCCUUGCCAGCGCCCACAGAGAGCCCCUCUGCGCAGACCACUGCCUCCGAGCCCAGCAAGUCCUUGUCCUCGGCCCGCAGACAUCUGAGCAGAAGGAAUGGGCUUUCGAAACUCUGCCAGAGUAGGAUGGCGCUCUCAGAAGACAGAUGGAGCUCCUACUGUUUGUCAUCGUUGGCUGCCCAAAAUAUUUGCACCAGCAAACUGCACUGCCCAGCCACGCCUGAGCAGGCGGACCUGGCCGGGUCCCUGGGCAGCACGUCCUGCUGCUCCCUGCUGCGCGGCUUGCCCUCAGGGUGGUCUGUGCCCCUGCUCCCAGCCCCCGUGUGCAACCCGAACAAGGCCGUCUUCACCGUGGACGCCAAGACUACGCAGAUCCUGGUUGCCAAUGACAAAGCCUGCCAGCUCCUGGGGUACAGCAGCCACAACCUGAUCGGCCAGAAGCUCACACAGUUCUUCCUGAAGCCAGAUUCCGAUGUGGUGGAAGCCCUCAGUGAGGAGUGCGUGGAGGCUGAUGGGCGCGCUGCCGUUGUGUUCGGCACAGUGGUGGACAUUGUGAGCUGCAGCAGGGAAAAGAUUCCGGUGUCCGUGUGGAUGAAGCGGGUGAAGCAGGAACACAGCCUCUGCUGCGUGGUCGUGCUGGAGCCCGUGGAGAGGGUCUCGGCCUGGGUUGCCUUCCAAAGCGAUGGAACCAUCACGUCAUGUGACAGCGUCUUUGCUCAUUUGCACGGGUACGCGUCUGGGGAGGAAGUGGUCGGGCAGCGCAUCACAGACCUGGUCCCUUCCGUGCAGCUCCCUCCACCUGGCGAGCAUGUCCCAAAGAAUCUCAAGAUUCAGAGGUCUGUUGGAAGAGCCAAGGAUGGCACCACGUUCCCUCUGAGCUUAAAACUGAAAUCCAAACCCAGUAGUGAGGAGGCUGAAGAUGGCAAGGCGGCCCCCAAAUGGGGUUACUCGGCAUCCAUCUGGGUGUUCUCCACCAUCAGCGGUCUCAUCACCCUCCUGCCAGAUGGGACCAUUUACGGCAUCAACCACAGCUUUGCGCUGAUGCUGUUCGGCUAUGGGAAGACAGAGCUCCUGGGCAAGAACAUCACCUUCCUGAUUCCUGGUUUCUACCACUGCAUGGACCCCGCAUAUGACAGUUCCCUGCCGCUGCCAGACCUGGCUGACUGCCUGGACAUUGGCAGCCAGAGUGGGCCUGGGGAGACGACUGUGGACCCCCGGCAGGGCUGGAACCUGGCCAGCGCAGGCGAGGAUCCAAGUGUUGACGUUGUGCUAGCUGGUGACCACAUUCUGCCACGAGAUGAGACCCUAAAGCUAGUGGGCAGCCAAGAAGCCUUCACUGGGACCCAGGCCCAAGCGGAUACUGGAGGCCAUCUCCCUUCUUCCCUCCCAUCUCCCCCAGCUCCGGGGGUGGACAGCAUCCCAGAAGGAAGCCCACCAUCCCAGGAACGGUCAUUGCCCAAGGACCAGCAAAACAUCCCAGAAAGAAGCCCACCAUCCCAGAAACAGUCAUUGUUCAAGGACCAGCAAAACAUCCCAGAAGGAAGCCCACCAUCCCAGGAACAGUCAUUUCCCAAGGACCAGCAAAACAUCCCAGAAGGAAGCCCACCAUACCAGGAAUGGUCAUUGUUCAAGGACCAGCAAAACAUCCCAGAAGGAAGCCCACCAGCCCAUGGCCAACGGUGGUUGUCCGAGGACCAGCAAAACAUCCCAGAAGGAAACCCACCAGCCCAGGAGCAGUCAUUGCCUGAGGACCGGUGGAACAUCUCAGAAGGAGGCCUCCCAGCCCGUAGCCAACAGUCACUGCCUGAGGACCAGCGGAACGCUGUCUUGGAGAAAGAGGAAGCUGCAGCAACAGAGAGCCUCAGACAGGACCGUUUGGGAGGAAGCAGGUCUGACCCAGGGAGCACAAAACCAUUUGCUUCACGUAGAGGAGAUUCUGAAACUCCAGCCCCCACUGAGGACAGGAGCAGGAAUGUUGAAAUGUGUGGCCCGUAUCAGGAAGCACAGCUGGAACGGAUGGGCUCGAGCAGUGCCAGCAAUUCAAACAUUCGGGCUGAGGCGGCCAUGCUUGAGCCGUGUGCCGUGGGCCAGCCGGCGGGGCUGAGCGUCCCGAUGCACUGUGCUGCAUACUCGGGUGAGCGGAGGGCACAGCAGGGGAGCCGGGACUCGGCCCCCAGCCCCUCCGGGAUGCUGCGGCUCUCGUUCUCGACGCCUACUUUGGACGAGCCGUGGCUGGGAGCGAAGAAUGACAGAGAAGAGCUGCAGACGUGCUUAAUUAAGGAGCAGCUGUCCAAAUCGAGCUUCUUGGGACCUCUGGGUGUCUCCUAUGUCGAGCUGGUCCCAGCAGAGCACCCCCAGUUCUCUGCCCCUGUGUCGCUGUGUGACCUGCAAGGCAGAGACCUGCACAGCAGCCGCACGGGCAGCUCCUCAGCCUAUUACGCGCUAGCCACAGACCUCCCUGGCGUCCUGGAUGCAGUGGAGGCCCAGGAAGCCCAGGAGGCCGACGCAAAUUCGUUCUCCUGGAACCUCAGGGAGCGCUUUUUCAGUGAAUGGACAGACCGAACUUCUUCAAACUGUUCCUGCGCUACGUCUGAGCUCACGGGGACGACCUCUCCUUUGCUGGUGGGGUCAGACGUCGAUGUGAGCAGUUUGCAGGGGCAGAGCUCAGAUGUUCUGGACGAUAGAGAGCUGUUACUGCUGACCGGCACCUGUUUCGGUCUUGGUGAAGGCCGGCGGUUCCGUGAGAGGUGUCUGGGACUUGAUGGGACAGAACCAUCUGAGACAUGUGUGCUGUCCUCUGAACACUAUGAAGUGAAUGGCAGAGAAAGCCCGGGCUGCGUCCCUCCCGUGUCAGGAGCCAGUCCCGUGGAUGCGUGCCCAUCAGAGGAGCCCAGGCUCGGCAAAAUCCAGGUCACCUCCACACCUGUGAAAGGGGACAGCUCAGUGACACCCGGGGCCACCAGCCUGCAGCAUGAGAUCCAGGAGGGCACCUAUGCGGGGAGCUGUUACCACCGAGAUGGCUCGCGGCUGAGUGUGCAGUUUGAGGUGAAGCGAGUGGAGCUCCAAGGUUCCGCCACCCUGUUCUGCUGCUGGCUGGUGAAAGACCUCCUCCACAGCCACCGGGACUCGGCCACGCGGACCCGCCUGCUCCUGGCCAGCCUGCCCAGCUCCAGCCACUCCAUGUGCGAGCUGCCCGGAUCCAGCCUGGGGGAAAUGCUCAAAACCAAAUCUUGGUUGGAGGAGUCCCCCAAGGCUGUAGAACUGGAAGGGCUGGCGGCCUGUGAGGGUGCGUACUCCCACAAGUACAGCACGCUGAGCCCGCUCGGCAGUGGGGCCUUUGGCUUUGUGUGGACCGCAGUGGACAAGGAAAAAAAUAAGGAGGUGGUGGUGAAGUUCAUUAAGAAGGAGAAGGUUUUAGAGGAUUGUUGGAUUGAGGAUCCCAGAUUUGGAAAAGUUACUUUAGAGAUUGCCAUUCUGUCCAGGGUGCAGCACGCCAAUAUCAUCAAGGUAUUGGAUGUAUUUGAAAACCAAGAAUUCUUUCAGCUCGUGAUGGAGAAGCAUGGCUCUGGCCUGGACCUCUUCUCCUUCAUUGACCACCAUCCCAGCCUUGACGAGCCCCUGGCGAGUUACAUCUUCCGACAACUGGUGUCGGCGGUGGGAUACCUGCGCUCGAAGAGCAUCCUUCAUCGGGACAUCAAGGACGAGAACAUUGUGAUUGCUGAGGACUUCACAAUUAAGCUCAUAGACUUUGGCUCUGCUGCCUACUUGGAAAGGGGCAAACUAUUUUAUACCUUUUGUGGAACAAUCGAGUACUGUGCACCCGAAGUUCUCAUGGGAAAUCCUUACCGGGGGCCGGAGCUGGAGAUGUGGUCGCUGGGAGUCACGCUGUACACACUGAUCUUUGAGGAGAACCCCUUCUGUGAGCUGGAGGAGACCAUGGAGGCUGCGAUAACCCCCCCGUACCUAGUGUCAGAAGAUCUCAUGAAGCUCGUGUCUGGGCUGCUGCAGCCUGUCCCCGAGCAGCGUACCACCUUGGAGAAGCUGGUGGGAGACCCCUGGGUGACGCAGCCCGUGAACCUUGCUAACUACACCUGGGAUGAGGUGUAUCGAGUAAACAAACCAGAAAGUGGAGUUCUGUCCACUGCGAGCCUGGAGAUGGAGAGCAGGAGCCCGAGCGAGGUGGCUCAGGCGCCGGACUGCCCAGAGCCCUGGGCCCCAGGGGAGGCCCCUGACGGCUGCUGAGCGCCCGCUUCCUGCUGCUCUUCUGCACUCAGUUAGGAAACCGUCUUGUUUCCAGGCCCUUCCAUUCGGAGAAAGGAACUCUGCAAGAAUUAGGCCCAACUCACCUUCUAAAGACUCAUAUGCAAGUUUGAUAAAUGCCAGAACAAAAGCCAGUGAUACGAUAUUCUUUUAGGUUUAUAAAAUAGACUUGGACUUCAUUUUUUUCUUGACUUUGAAAAAGCAUUCUAGUGUUCACUUGAGUUUUGUCCUAUUAAAGGGCUUUCAGUUCAUGAACUUCCAAAA